AUGCGUCCUUCCACCUUCCUUUCCUUCCUUUCCACAGCCGCCGUCGGGGCCCACGCGCUCGUCGCGCCCAAGGCGCAGCACGACGCCCCGUUCUGGAUGGAGUCCAUCAAGCACCGGGGCAUCGCGCCAUACAGUUCGGACCCCGCCUCGUACCAGGUCUUCCGGAACGUCAAGGACUUUGGCGCCGUUGGCGACGGCGUCGCCGACGACACGGCCGCCAUCAACGCGGCGAUUUCAACCGGCGACAGGUGUGGUGGAGGCAACGUGACUUGUCAGUCCACCACCACGACCCCUGCGGUCAUCUACUUCCCAAAGGGAGCAUACUACCUGUCCCAGCUCAUCGGAGAUGCCCGUCAUCCGCCCACGAUCCUCGCCGACCCCAACUUUGGGCCCGACGGUACUGCCGUUAUCGUCGCUAACCUCCUCGCUGCUCUAGAUGCGGACCCGUCCAACAAGAACGGGAACUGGUACAUCAACCAGAACAACUUCUUCCGCAGCGUGCGGAAUCUCGUCAUUGACACCACCCAGCAGCCUGCAAACGUGACCGCGAUAGGCCUCCAUUGGCAGGUCUCGCAGGCAACGUCCCUUAUGAAUGUUGUCGUGAACAUGAACUCGGACAACGGUACUCAGCAUCAGGGUCUCUUUAUGGAGAACGGCAGCGGUGGCUUCAUGGGAGAUAUCGUCUUCAACGGAGGCGACAUGGGCAUGUGGAACGGUAACCAGCAAUUCACCGUCAGGAACGUCACCGUCAACAAUGCCGUUCGCGCAAUCUACUCCCCUUGGAACUGGGGCUGGACAUACCAGGGCGUCACCAUCAACAACUGCUCCGUCGGCUUCGACGUCGGGACCGGCUCCGUCGGCUCCCUCGCUAUCAUCGACGCCGUGGUCAACGACACGCCCAUCAUGGUCCGCGGCUCCGCCAACUCGACCGGGCACGAGAACGCGGCGCUCAUCCUGAACAACUCCGCCUCACCAACGUGCCCGUCGCAGUCGGCCUGGGCGCAGGGCGUGGUCUACACCGGCCUCGCGGGCGACAGCGCGUUCACCGAGGGCGCGCUCCGCGCGCAGAAGCCCGCGGCGGUGCUCGACGGCGCGGGCCGCGUCUUCGGGCGCACGCACCCGCAGUACGCGGACCACGCGCCGAGCCAGUUCGUGAGCGUGCGGAGCCUCGGCGCGAAGGGCGACGGGGUCGCGGACGACACGGCGGCGCUCCGGCUCGCGAUCGCGCUGUACGCCGGGCGGAAGAUCAUCUUCGUCGACGCGGGCGUGUACUACGUGUCGGACACGAUCUACAUCCCCGGGAACACGCAGCUCGUCGGCGAGGGCUGGAGCGUGAUCAUGGGCGGGGGCGCGAAGUUCCAGGACAUGAACGACCCGCAACCUAUCAUCCAGGUUGGUAAGGAGUUCGAGCUGGGCGACGUUGAGAUCACGGAUAUCGUGUUUUCGACGCGUGGAGCAGCCCCCGGGGCUAUCGUCAUGGAGUGGAAUAUCCAUCCACUCACUCAAGGUGGCGCCGGCAUGUGGGAUACCCACUUCCGGCUCGGAGGCAGUGAGUGCCGGUACCACCAGACACUCGCGGAGUGCCCUCGUAGCACCAUCUCGCCUCAGUGCCUCACUGACUUCCUUGCCCUCCACAUUACGAUCCAAGCUUCUGCGUACAUCGAGAGUGCAUGGAUCUGGCUCGCGGACCAUGACAUCGAUGAUCCCAAUUUGUCCCAACUCAACGUCUUCAGCGGCCGCGGGGUCCUCUCUGAGUCUCUGGCCCCGUCUGCGGAGCACCACGUAAUGUACCAGCUCAACCUCCAAAACGCGCAGAACCACUACAUUGGCUUGUUCCAGACUGAGACGGUGCACCGAAACUCCCUCUUCAGCCAUACUACCACCAGUCCCGCCCCGCCCGUCCGUUGUGUACAACAAGACUUCAAGGACCCGGUCUACACGGCCAACCAGACGUCCUCAUGGUCCGUCAACGUCGAGUCCUCCAAGGACAUCUUCGUCUUCGGCGCGGGUCUCUACAGCUUCUUCGUGAACUACACAAGCUCGUGCCCCGGCGCCGGCACGUGCCAGUCGCAGAUCUUCAACAUCGCCUCCGACUCGGUCGAUGAGAUGAUGCUGUCCGUCGAUGCCAACGGCGUCGUGCCCUCGGGGCCCAACUACAACGGCUUCGAGUCCACCAUCACUUCGUGGAGCAGCUCGUGA